AUGGACGGCGGUGACGAGGACAACGACAAAAAGUUCAGAUUACAAGUUGUAGUAGGUGGUUCGAAAAGCGAACUCCAAGAACAACUAGAUAAGUAUCAAAAGGAAAAGGAGAAACUUGAGUAUCUUCAAAAGCGAUACGUGGAAUACCAGGAAGAGGCAGCUCGCCUUCAACGCAAUCUUACCGAAUCGCAACAAGCAUUGCAGCAACUCUCGUCAAGCGCGGACGCAGCGCAGGGGGCACGAGGGAAGGGAAUAAACCCUGAAAUAGGAACCGGAGAGUUUAUCGUUCGGAAAGAUGCGAAAAAAAUCAAUUUCGAAAAGUCGAUUGAAACAAUCCCAGAUUCCAUACUGGAGUAUAAGACUAAAGCGGAGGAACUUCGGCCAGUUAUCAAUAAUAGGGUCGAGUGGAUGAAACUUCUAGACCGUGAAAUUGAAUUCCUCAAGAAAAAUCCUUUGGCCGAUAUCGAUAAUUGGAAACCCGUGGGCGAAUGGGAACGCCAGAGCCAACAUGAACAGGACGACGAUAAUGACAGAGCUGUUGGCGCUAGUUCCAACGUUCACGGGGACGGCACUGUCGACCCCAGCCAUUCACCAGAGGAUUCAAACAAUUAA